AUGCUAACGCCCAAAUUCAGUGUUACUCAGGAUGAGAAAUUUGUUCGUAUAUGUAUUAGCAUAGCUAGCGUCAGAUUUAGUGCUUCUGGUGUUGAAAUGGUUGUUGACGACACGCUGUUUAUAUUCAACCUGUCGCCCUACUAUUUGAGACUUCGGUUUGCUCAAAGCCUGGUAGAUGAUGAGAGAUGCAAAGCGGAGUUCAAAUCGCAAGACGAGAGCAUUUAUAUUCAAAUUCCGAAGGUAAAUAGAGGCGAGUUUUUCGAAGACCUAGAUCUGCCGACAAAACUUCUGGCAAGACAGGGAGACCUGAUCAGUGCCGACAACAUAAACACUGCAGAAAUGCCACGGAAGGGUCCACUUAUUCAGGAGGUUUCUUCUCUCCGAGAAGAUGCCACAGGCGCGAAGGCACAGGGACUAGACAACUCGCAAACAAGAACAGACAUAAACGAAGGCGAGGAGUUCGAUUGGGAGAUUAAGCAGAUGCCUCAACCAGUGUACGAUGCUGCCAGUCUUCUGAAGCCGAAGUAUGGCUUCGACAAUAAAUAUGAUACAGCCAUUGGCGUUUCCAUAGCCAAUGGUAACGAUAUAAACGAACUGGACCAGCCCGAUAAAUGCAAUAGUGACGAGCGGGUUCAGGAAAGAUUGCGCAAGGAAAACUUAAAGUUCGAUCCGGAAUAUUACGUUUCUGAGUAUAUGACGUCUAAGUACGACAAUCAGGAAGAUGCAGAAAUUAAUGGAAUCCACACAAUCCUAAAGUUUACACCACCGCUAACCAAGAAAUUUCUCAAGUGGUACAAACAUGCGGAGGACAAGGACGGAGUUGUGGAUGUCGAAUUUUCUGAGCAGGAGCAACAACAAAUGAGGGAAAAUUUGCCCAAGAAAACUUACCUCGUCGACGAUGUUAAAAGGCUAUACUUGACCAUUCUAUCGCUUCUCUUUGCGUAUAAUUUCGAGCAAACUGAAAACGAGGGCGUACAUAGUACGGAAUCGGGCUGGACGAUCGGCAAGCUGGCCCCUCAACUUUCGUUUUUGGAUCAGCAAAUCGUUCUUCCCGAUGACUUGGGCAAAGUCUCAAUUGUAAAGGCAAUUAUUAUUACUGGAAUUAGAAGAAGCUUGAGCUACCCGCUGCACAGAAACUACCAGCUGUCCAUGAAAGUGUGGGACUACGUUUACUACAUUCUUCGCGGUGGGAAGAGGCUGGUCAUUCAAGCAUUGCUAGAUAUUCAUGAGGUUUUCCGGUUUCACGACGUGUACUACGUUUACAACACCAUUUUGAUAGAUGAUUUAUGCGCGUGGUUCAUUUCCGAGGGCAGUGAAAGUGUGAUCAGAAGCUUGGCGAUUACCCUUAAGAAUGAAUUGAACCAAACAAAGAAAGAGGACGUUGAUUUUGAUUGUGUCUGUGGAGUUGAUGAGACUACUGGCCAAGUAGCGUGGGAAAAUUUAACAAUUAAAGAAAUGGAAUUUUUAGCCGAGCAGGAAUAUCUGCAAAAUGGCGGAACCAGCGCCCGAGAGAGUUGA